GCAGCAGGCGGAGGAGGAGGCAGAGCGUAGAACAUUGGUCUGCCUGUUCUGGCCGCUCUCGGCGCCCAAAUGCGGGCGGCGAAUCGGAAUCUGAAGGGCCCGCGGCCCGCUGUGGAGCGAGCAGAGCGAGGUGGCUCUCCGUCGCACUCCAGGGGGGCCGCAUGGCCCCCCACGACGGGAGAAGAACAAAAUCUAUGUGCGGACGCUCCUUCCGCGACAGGAGCGAGGAGAAGCAGGCACAACGGAAGUGCCGCCGUCACGGAAGGCACUGCCACAAGAGACGGCUCGCACGCUCCUCUGGCAGAGGGAGUGCGGCGGGACCGCUUCGGAUGCCAGCGAGCAGCUGAGGCGCACGUGCGCCUGGCCACGGCUGUGGUCUUCACAGGGAGAGGCGAUCUGGCCGCCCAUGGCACACAUCUGCUGUUUGCUGCUGCGGAUUUUGAUUAGAUUAUGAGGCGGUCGCUGCUUCUCCGACGACUAUAUAUCCCAUCUUGGACCAUCUGCCAGGGCGCGCCAG